AGCUCGGGCGCCUCUGUGCGUUUACGGCGGGGGCGUGGCCCGGCCGAGGCUUAGCCAGACUGCGCGGCCGGACGCCGGCGCCAUGGAGGAGUACGCUCGGGAGCCUUGCCCAUGGCGAAUUGUGGACGAUUGCGGAGGAGCCUUCACUAUGGGUGUCAUCGGCGGUGGAGUCUUCCAGGCCAUCAAGGGCUUCCGCAACGCCCCUGUCGGAAUUCGGCACCGACUGAGAGGUAGUGCCAACGCUGUGAGGAUCCGAGCCCCCCAGAUUGGAGGUAGCUUCGCGGUGUGGGGGGGCCUGUUCUCCACCAUCGACUGCGGCCUGGUGCGCCUGCGGGGCAAAGAAGAUCCUUGGAACUCCAUCACCAGCGGAGCAUUGACCGGGGCCGUGCUGGCGGCCCGCAGUGGCCCACUGGCCAUGGUGGGCUCGGCAAUGAUGGGGGGUAUCCUCCUGGCCCUCAUAGAGGGUGUUGGCAUCCUCCUUACUCGCUACACUGCCCAGCAGUUCCGCAAUGCACCCCCGUUCCUGGAGGACCCCAGCCAGCUGCCCCCUAAGGAGGGUACCUCAGCCCCAGGCUAUCCCGGCUAUCAGCAGUACCACUGAGGAAGUGACUGCCUAUCAUCACCACCGUGGGAGCUCCUCCUCCGUUCCCUCCCCGAUGAUCUACCUCGAAGGGAGGGCUGGCUCCCAGUUGGCCCUGGGACCCUCCAGAGAGGGCCUCUACUCUGCUCCCUUGUCCCAGGGUGGGGGGUGGGGCACCCCAGCUGCCCUGAUGGAUGGGUCCCCUUCUCAGGGCACCCCAACCCCAAAUUCACAUGUAACAAGUUCUCACCCCAGCUCCUUUUCCUCACGCCCUGAUGAGUAUUUAAAGCCAGUUUUGAAAUGCC